AUGGUCAUCAUCGAUCCUGCCAGUUAUGAGGGCGUAGAGGCGCUGCCCUCAAACUGCGCGCUCAGCUGCAGUCUGUUCGAUACAGAAGGUGCCGCGCUUCAUACCUCCGACAUCAGUGUAUUCAUUUCCUUUGUUUGCGACUUGCACAUCAGCCAUAUCCAGAUCUUGCUUCAAUCCAAGCGCGGCGACGUUGCAAAAUUCAGAUCUGUGCUGCGCAUCCCGCAGCGUGCUUUCAAGUCAAAGAGGGAUCUGGCAUUUGAACCAGUUGAGAAUGAUGAAGAGCGACCAACCGAUCUUGGCCCUGAUUCCUUUCGAUUGAUUGUCCGCUUUCAACUGGAUCAGGUCAGCUCCGAACAGCUUUUCAUCCCAGAUCCUCCAAAGCAAGUCUCCAGGAUCAAGGACUAUCUCAACAGCCAUGCACCCCUUGUCAUCCAUGUCUACGGAUCACCCUCCUCAUUCUUAGCCCUGUACCGGCAAUUUGUUCAAGAUUCGUCCAGGGAUCCGCUUAGGAAAUGGUUACCACCAGGAAGCCCUGUCUUCUUGAUUCGGCGCAACAAAUUCAUUCCUGAGCUGUCUCGUCCUGCAAAAUACAUUGUCCAGUCGAAAAACUCGUACUUCAAUUAUGACGAGUUUCUGAUCCAAAGAUGCAUUGGCGAUCUGCAGGAGUAUGAGUCUGUGGCGCAAAAGGCAAUCUCUUUUGAAAAAGAGACACAUUCGAUGUGGAUUUUUGAGCUUCUCAACGGUGGAGAUCACGCUUUCUUGGGGCUCAUUGAGAAGUUAAACAGUGAUGCUCUGCGUCUCCAGCCGGGCGAGACCUUGUUGAUUGCCAACACCGAGGUCGAGGAUGAGCCUACCCUUGAGGCCAGCGUUGCUGAUCCAAUACCCGGCUUCCCUGCCUCCCUGAUACCCAUCUACCUGAGGAAUCAUUACGACCAGAGAACAUACACGUUUGGACAUGCGACCUGGCCGAUCGACCCGAUCCCAUGCCACGAACAAAGCGCGCUAGUUUCUAAUAUCGCGAGGCUUCGGCGACAGAAGCACUUCCAGGUCGAGGUACAUUUGGUGAGAGAAGAUGAUGGUUAUGACAACAAGGUUACUGCCAUGUUUGAGCUCGACGAAUGGUUCAAGGAGGCUUCAGAACGGGCAACAGAUACGCGACGCGUCGUCAUCGGAAGUAAGUUCGAUGAUGUCCGUCCAUACGACAUUUUUGCACCCAUUCUCGAACAGGUCCCGGAGCCCAUGUCUGUGAUGAAACCACUCAACCCAGGUCAAAAGUCGGCCAUCGAGCAUAUCCGCGCCGCUCCUGCCGGGAUGGCCCUCAUACAAGGACCGCCCGGUACCGGAAAGACAUUCGUCGGCGGAGAGGUGGUGCGUCCGUUCAUCGCUGCCAAAGUCCCGAAAGUCACGGUCCUCGCGUGUUCCGCAGCGAACAAGGCCGUGGAUGCCCUUGCGAUACGACUCCAUUCUGUCAUCAUGUCCGAAAGCAACGAGAAUGCAUAUCUUGUCAGAGCCUACAGUACAAGCACUGAGCGAGACAUUGCGCUCCGUGAGGGCAAGUCAGGUGCAGAAAAACAUAGGUUUAGGCAUGCUCAGGUACCGUCGUGCGUCCAACACCUUGACGAGAUUGGUCGCGCGACCUUCCAAUCUAUGCAGUUUGCAGUGGCGGUUCAGGAACAAUAUGCACGUGAGCAUGGACCGGCAGAUGGCCAAGUUCAGGACCGGCGAGUAACUGCGGAGUGUCUCAAGUUUUCAGUGGGAUAUCGCAUUCUUCAAGUCCUUGGAGAGAUGCCCGGUGGUCACGGCUCCCCUCAGGCAAACCCUGGAAAGUUUGAAGACUUCCACAAGUUCUGGCUGCAGCUUUCCAAAGGGGAAGAAAUUGAGGACGAAAGUUUUAGAGGAUUUGCAAAUGCCAUCGCAGGGAUUCGAAGGCAUGUGCUUUCCAAUGCUGCUGUUGUCUGCUCCACAAUAACAAAUGCAAUCCGGCCACAAUUUGCCAACAUCAUUCGCGAGAAUGUCAAGCUCGCUAUCAUUGACGAAGCUGCGCGCCUACAGGAGACUGAAGCCUUGGGUAUCCUUGCGCAGUAUCGAAGCAUUGCAGGAUACAUUCAGAUUGGUGACAUUUGCCAACUUCCGCCAUUUGUGGCAGCUCGACCCGAUGACGGACACUUCAUUUCUCAGCUUGGAACAUCCCUGAUGAUGCGUAUGCAGGCCAAUGGCUCGCCGUCGGCGUUUUUGAAUGUACAGCACCGCAUGGAUCCGGCUAUCGCACGCCCACCCAACCGAAUGUCGUACGAUGGAAGACUGCAAGACCAUGAGUCGGUUCUGGAAACCAGCAGGCCUUUUGCCAAAGAGGUGCGCAACUUCAAUCAGCUCAAGUUUGGCAAGGCUUGCGCUGCAAUCGUCAUCGACAUCGAGGCCACCGAGACAGAAACAUCGCCAUCCAUGUCGAGAUACAACGUUACUUAUGUCAAGUACGGCAUCAACCUGGCCAAAGAACUCGUCAACCGAUUUCCUGGUAAAUCCAUCAGUAUCUUCGCGUACUACGGAGCCCAGUACCGUCUCUACAUGUCUGCCCUGGAGCGCCUGGUUGCUACGGAUGGAAAGUACGAUGUCAUCUAUGUGGACAAGGUUGACCGGAUCCAAGGCUACGAAUGUGAUUUCGUCAUUGGCGACAUGCCCGUGGCUGGCCGAGGAGGUUUCUUGCAGAAUCUCUCCCGGCCCAACGUGGCCAUGACUCGUGCUAGGUACGGGUACUAUUUGAUGCUUACGAAAGAGCACAUCUACCAGUCGCGCUCGCCUGUUCUCCAGCGUCUUGUCCAAGAGUACGGCUCGCAGGGCUCUCUGUACGUUAUCGAUCGGGUGGAUCAAUCAUGGGCUCCUAUCGAAUCGCCGUACUUUGCGGACGACAUGGUCGACUUAGAAGAGGACUGA